CCCCUGGCACCCGGGGGGAGGGGAGGGGCCGGCAAGUGGGGGCCUAGACCCUGCGAGGCAGGGGACUGCGAGCUGGGCCGGUGGCGGGCGCAGAGGCACGGAAGCAAGAGCACCCAAGUCGGCUGGCAGCCUCAGUGGAACCAGAGGACAUUCCCCACUCAGGGAGAUCGAGCUGUCGCUCGCUUGCUGCGCAACAUGAUAUUCCUCACGGCCCUGCCGCUGUUCUGGAUUAUGAUUUCAGCCUCCCGCGGGGGCCACUGGGGGGCCUGGAUGCCCUCGUCCAUCUCGGCCUUCGAGGGCACCUGCGUCUCCAUCCCCUGCCGCUUCGACUUCCCCGACGAGCUGCGGCCUGCGGUCGUGCACGGCGUCUGGUACUUCAACAGCCCCUACCCCAAGAACUACCCCCCGGUGGUCUUCAAGUCACGCACCCAGGUCGUCCACGAGAGCUUCCAGGGCCGCAGCCGCCUCCUGGGGGACCUGGGCCUGCGCAACUGCACCCUCCUGCUCAGCAGCGUCAGCCCCGAGCUGGGCGGCAAGUACUACUUCCGCGGGGACCUGGGGGGCUACAACCAGUACACCUUCUCCGAGCACAGCGUCCUGGACGUCAUCAACACCCCCAACAUCGUGGUGCCCCCGGAGGUGGUGGCAGGCGCGGAGGUGGAGGUCAGCUGCAUGGUGCCGGACAACUGCCCAGAGCUGCGCCCGGAGCUCAGCUGGCUGGGCCACGAAGGGCUGGGCGAGCCGGCGGUGCUGGGUCGGCUGCGGGAGGACGAGGGCACCUGGGUGCAGGUGUCGCUGCUGCACUUUGUGCCCACCAGGGAGGCCAACGGCCACCGGCUGGGCUGCCAGGCCUCCUUCCCCAACACCACCCUGCAGUUCGAGGGCUACGCCAGCCUGGACGUCAAGUACCCCCCGGUGAUCGUGGAGAUGAACGCGUCGGUGGAGGCCAUCGACGGCUCCCCCGUCAGCCUGCUCUGCGGGGCUGACAGCAACCCCCUGCCGCUGCUGACCUGGAUGCGGGACGGGUCGGUGCUGCGGGAGGCGGUGGCAGAGAGCCUGCUGCUGGAGCUGGAGGAGGUGACCCCCGAGGAGGACGGCGUCUACGCCUGCCUGGCAGAGAACGCCUACGGCCAGGACAACCGCACCGUGGGGCUCAGCGUCAUGUAUGCACCCUGGAAGCCGACGGUGAACGGGACAAUGGUGGCCGUGGAGGGGGAGACGGUCUCCAUCUUGUGCUCUACGCAGAGCAACCCGGACCCUAUUCUCACCAUCUUCAAGGAGAAGCAGGUCCUGGCCACCGUCAUCUACGAGAGCGAACUGCAGCUGGAGCUGCCGGCAGUGAAGCCUGAGGAUGACGGGGAGUACUGGUGUGUGGCUGAGAACCAGUACGGCCAGAGGGCCACUGCCUUCAACCUGUCCGUGGAGUUCGCCCCCGUGAUCCUCCUGGAGUCGCACUGCGCGGCGGCCCGCGACACGGUGCAGUGCCUGUGCGUGGUGAAAUCCAACCCGGAGCCGUCCGUGGCCUUCGAGCUGCCGUCGCGCAACGUGACGGUGAACGAGACCGAGCGGGAGUUCGUGUACGCGGAGCGCAGCGGCCUGCUGCUCACCAGCAUCCUCACGCUGCGCGGCCAGGCCCAGGCCCCGCCCCGGGUCAUCUGCACCUCCAGGAACCUCUACGGCACCAAGAGCCUGGAGCUGCCCUUCCAGGGAGCCCACCGGCUGAUGUGGGCCAAGAUUGGGCCUGUGGGAGCCGUGGUCGCCUUUGCCAUCCUGAUUGCCGUCGUCUGCUACAUCACCCAGACGCGCAGGAAAAAGAACGUGACAGAGAGCCCCAGCUUCUCGGCAGGGGACAACCCCCCCGUGCUGUUCAGCAGUGACUUCCGCAUCUCUGGGGCGCCGGAGAAGUACGAGUCCAGAGAGGUCUCUUCCCUGGAAUGUCACUGAGCGCCCCAGGAGAGCGAGAGGCGCCUGGGGUCUGAGAGGAGGCUGCUGGGCCUUCGGGGGGAGCCCCCGGAGCUGGACCUGAGCUACUCCCACUCGGACCUGGGAAAACGCCCCACCAAGGACAGCUACACUCUGACGGAGGAGCUAGCUGAGUAUGCUGAAAUCCGUGUCAAGUGACGGAGCUGGGGGCGGCCCGUGCGGCCACCCCCCCUCAGGACCCUCGCUGGCCCCCACUGGCUGCGGGCUCCCUUCCUCCCUAAAGUAGCAGGGCGCUGGGGCAGGUGACAGUGAGGUCCUGGGGCCUGGCCUCCCCUCCUUCCCAGCUGCCCUCCCCGCCGGCACCGCACCCCCAAUACAGCUCCCCUCUAACCUCCUUUAACCUCGUCUGUCUGGAGGGGAGCUCGUCUGUCCGUGUUAUUUAUUGCUACCCCUGCCUGGUCACCUGCCCCCACACCUGGCCCCAGGGCCUUUAUACAAGGGACAGGAAAUAAAUGCCCCGAAGCCAAA